AUGUCAUUUGGGCUGAGCUUGAAGCCUUCAAACUUGCCCGAGAAGACCUUAGCGUUCACGAAUCGGUGCUAUGCGAACCAGACGGAUGUGGAGAGGCUAUGUGGUGCUGGUGCUGGCGCCAGGUACGUGGAGGUAAAAAGCUGUGUUUUCAGCAUCGAGGCGCACCGGCUCAUGGAACCCGGGACCAUUGCCUUCAACAAGGUGCAGCGAGAGUUUGCCAAGAUUGGGCUGAAUCAGGAGGUUUUCGUGAAGCAGUUCCUGAUUCCCAAGGGCUUCGAUCUGGGCACUUGCAAGAUGGAAGUGGACUUCUUUGUGAAGCCUACUCCCGACACUCCCAGGUUAGAGAUCAGAGACGAGGAGCUGGAUGCUCUGAUCAGGAAGAGUUUCGAGUCUCAAGUCGUUGCCAUUGGUCAAACGAUCGCGGUGGAUUAUAACGGGCAGCUUCUAAAGUUCGAUGUGCGCAGUUUGAUGCCUCCGGAUUUGGGCCAAGACGGCGCGGUCCCGAGGAACAAAGUGAGUUCCGGGAUGCUCGCCUCCCUCACGGAGUUGGACUUUCAGCAGGGCCCCUCUGGAAAGCUCCAUGUGCUUUCCAACAAAGUACAACAUAGAAACAUAUUCAGACCAGAUUUCAACUUCGAAGACCUGGGCAUCGGUGGCUUGAGCAAGCAGUUCGGAGAUAUUUUCAGACGAGCUUUUGCUGCGCGUAUCUUCCCACCUCACAUGGUCCGCGACCUAGGCAUCAACCACGUGCGUGGGAUGUUACUCUACGGACCGCCAGGUACAGGUAAGACCUUGAUUGCCAGGAAGCUUGCCAAGUUUCUAAAGGCAGCAGAGCCAAAGAUCGUAAACGGACCGGAGGUUCUGAACAAGUACGUUGGCCAGGCAGAGGAGAACAUCCGGAAUCUUUUCGCCGAUGCCGAAAAAGAUGAGAAGACGCUCGGAGAGAACUCACCCUUACACGUCGUCAUCUUCGAUGAGAUUGACUCGAUUUGCAAGUCGCGGGGCUCAACACGCGACGGCACAGGAGUACAUGAUAGCAUUGUGAACCAGCUGCUGUCCAAAAUUGAUGGCGUGGACUCGUUGAACAAUAUCUUACUUAUCGGUAUGACGAACAGAAAAGACCUCAUCGACGAAGCCUUGUUGCGGCCAGGGCGACUGGAAGUCCACGUGGAAAUCAGUCUUCCGGAUGAGCAUGGACGCAUUGAGAUUCUGAACAUUCACACGAAAUCCAUGCGAGACAAGGGUUACUUGGACCAAGACGUGUUGAUUCCAGAGAUCGCCGCGCGGUCAAAGAACUUUUCAGGGGCAGAGCUCGAGGGCCUCAUUCGCUCUGCAACAUCUUACGCGAUGAACCGCAAGGUGAGUUUCACGGACCUCAGCAUUAAGGAAGGAGACUUUCGCGUCUGCAAGGAAGACUUUGACAUGGCACUCGAUGAGGUGAAGCCAGCCUUUGGGCAGCACAUUGACGAUUUCGAGAAAUGUAUACCGAAUGGAAUGCAGGCUUACUCAGAAGAGUUCAGCCACAUGAUGGGAUCUUGCAUGAGUAUCAUCGACCAGCUAAGAGGGAGCACGAACACACCUCUUAUGAGCCUGCUGCUGCAUGGUGAGCGUGGUUGCGGCAAAACCGCUCUCUCUGCUCACCUAGCACAGAAAUCAGACUACCCCUUCGUGCGCCGCAUAACCAGCGAAAACUUCGUAGGUUAUUCCGAGCAAGCAAAGAUCUCAGCCAUUGCCAAAGUCUUUGAAGAUGCCUACAAGAGCGAUUUGUCUUGCAUAGUCCUGGACGACAUCGAGCGUUUGAUCGACUACGUCCGCAUCGGGCCAAGGUUCUCCACACCGGUCAUGCAGGCUCUCUUUGCUUUGCUUAAAAAACCGCCACCAAAGGAGAAUUCCAGGCUGCUCGUCUUGGGGACAACAGCAGAUGCACAUUUCUUAGAGGAAGCCGAGCUGUUCCAGGCAUUCAACGUGGCUUUGCAGAUCCCAGUCCUAUCGCAGCCGCUUCAUUACAAGACGGUGCUGGAGGCCCUUCCGGGCUUUACGGCACCGGCGGUUCAAGAAAUUUGUGCCGGCAUUGCUGGCAAGAGUAUUGGCAUCAAGACGCUGAUGCUCGUGGCAGAGAUGGCAGUCCAGAGGGAGAACCCUGUGCAGAUGGCAGUUUUCCUCGAAUGCUUGAAGCAGUGCGGCAUAGCAACAUAG